AUGAAUGCAACUCAGCCAUUGUCAACAUUCUCUUGGAGCCAUAAACACUCCGAUGACAAACACCUAACGAAUGCCGGUAACAACACUGUCGAGGGUAUAAAACAUCAUCAAUCAAAUAAUGUCGAUCAACCGGUGACUGAUUCUGCACCGGAGUUUCGGGACAGUGAAUGUGGAAUUCUUUUUCCGGGCGUGGACGGGUUUCCCUGGAUAGCCGUUCUAGAGCAUGGCGGACCACAGGCAAACGUCGCACUCAAGCGCACACUGAGCAAGGGCGUCCUGAUCGAUCGGCAGCACGUGCUCACAACAGUGUCGAGCGUCCAUAAUUCGCAUCCAACCUGGGUAGUUACUAGUGUUCGACUAGGCGAUACUCCAACACGCCGUCAAACCAACUUCACCCGCAUUGGUAACCUUGCCCAGCGUACCAAAGGUACACAGCGGUACGAGAUAGAAACAGUCUUUCUGCACGAAAAAAAGGACAUCGCACUGAUCCGUCUGGCGGAUGGUGGCGUACGUCAGCUAACCGACUCGAUUCGUCCAAUAUGUUUGCCCCGGGAAGACUAUAGACUGGAGAAUUUCAAGCUAACUUCACACGUUUGCCAACGGCGACUGGAGCCGACCGGUCGGGUCAGUCGUAGCAGGCUGCAACCGCUAGAGCUGGUCAACAUUGACAACUGCAAUGAACUGAUGCGACCUUACGGAGCGCGACUGCCAGUGAAAAGCUUCUGCGCUCGGGAAUCUGCCAUUGAUAAUUGCACCGGAACGCUCGGUGGUCCUGCCAUUGCUAUCGUACGGGGCAAAUAUCACGUGCUCGGGCUACGCUCGUACAUCCACACCGAGACCAUGGUCGAUGGAUUGGACAUCCCCAGCGUAUACGUACGAGUCGGUGGACUACGCAAAUGGAUAUCAGCAGUGAUAAAGGCUAUCAGCGAAUGA